AGCAGGUUCAAAUACGGACGGCGGGGGAACAUGGCGUCCCCGGCUAAGUCUGGGAGGUGAUCGGUCUGUCUUUCGUGUUGAAGAUGUGGCGGGUGAAAACACAGCACCUCAGCUUGUCGCCUUCGCCGCAGUCGGGAAAACCAGCCAUGAGAACUCCUCUCCGAGAACUUAACAUGCAGCCGGGUGCCCUCGCCAGCUCUGGAAAACGGCUCCCUUUGUGCUCCUCGCUGACCCCUUCACUGUGCAGACUGGGGCUGCAGGAAGGCAGCAACAACUCAUCUCCACUGGGUUUUGCCAGUGCCAAGAGGACAGACUCUCCUUUAGAACAAUUCGGCAAUCCCUCGGAGUGGUUAGAAGCUUGUCAGCAUGAAUUGGAUGAGCAGUCCCUAGAACCAAUUCCCCAAACCAACUCUACUCCUAAAACAUCUGAGGAUGCAGUAAGCCCACUGGAUGACUAUGUGGUUAAAAACAUGGUCCUCAUUCCUUCUUUGGGGCAGCAGCAAGACAUUCCAUCUGAAGCCCAUUUAGAUACCAUGGUGGAGACAGACAGCAUCUCUCCAGAUGAGCCUCUGACACCAGGAGAUCUGGUGAGAAGGGAGGUGCCUCUGUGUUUAGAAGACAGCUCUUCAGAAGUCAUUGCUGCUGUGCCUGAGAACCCUACUUUUCAGGAUUCUCCAUCUCAUCUCUUGGACUGCCCACUGAGUCCUUGUUCUGAGCAACAGCUAGCUAGCUCCAAGGAGACACUGCGGGACUCUAGGACUGAGGCUGUGCCUGAUGAGCUAGUCCCUCCUGAAAGUAAUGCCUUGUCUUCUGCUCUGCUCUGUUCCCUUUCUGCUGACAUGACAGCAGAUUUCCCUGUCAGUCAUGCAGACCCAGGAGAAGAAGUCGUAGAGCAUAGUGCUAUAGAGGAAAGAGAAAUGAGCUUUCCCACACUCCCCCAGGAGGUUGAAUUGGGAGAUCAGGCACCUGUCCCAGGUGCAGAAGACAUUCCAUCCACAUGCCUGAUACCAAAUCCAGUGGAAAUGGAAUCCCAGGCUGCUCCAGGCCCAGCAGUAGAAGAUGCUGGUCGGGUGCUCAGCUCUGAUACAGAGCUUUGGAUGUCCCCACUGGCCUGGCUGGAAAAAGGUGUAAACACCUCAGUCAUGCUGGAAAAUCUCCGUCAAAGUUUAUCCCUUCCCUCUGUGCUCCGGGAUGCUGCGAUUGGCACCACCCCUUUCUCUACCUGCUCAGUGGGGACUUGGUUUACUCCCCCAACACAGCAGGAAAAAAGUGUAGACACAUCCCACACAGACCCAGUGGGCACCAAGGGCAGCGCCUCUGAAACAGAACAGCUGCGUGGUCGUCCUCCAGACCUGACUGCCUUGUCCCGACACGACCUGGAAGAUAACCUGCUGAGCUCUCUCGUCAUUCUGGAGGUUCUCUCCUGCCAGCUGCGGGACUGGAAGAGCCAGCUGACUGUCCGUCACCUAGAAGCCCAGGACAGUUGUACACAGACUGACAUCUCUCCCAGUGGGAUAACUAAGAAACAUCAACAUCUUCGGGAGAGCCAAGAGAUCGGAAAGGCCCUGCAGCAGGCCAGGAAUGUCAUGCAAUCAUGGAUGCUAGUCUCAAAAGAGCUGAUAUCCUUGCUUCACCUAUCGCUGUCACACUUAGAAGAAGAUAAAACUGCUGUGAGUCAGGAGUCUCGGCGUGCAGAGACCUUGGUCUCCUGCUGCUUUGAUGUAUUGAAGAAAUUGAGGGCAAAGCUCCAGAGCCUCAAAGCAGAAAAGGAGGAGGCAAGGCAGAGAGAGGAAAUGGCCCUCAGAGGCAAGGAAGCGGCAGAGAUAGUGCUGGAGGCUUUCUGUGCACAUGCCAGCCAGCGCAUCAGCCUGCUGGAACAGGACCUGGCAUCCAUGCAGGACUUCAGAGGCCUUUUGAAGGAGACCCAGACCCAACUGGUAGGGCUUCAUACGGAGCAAGAGGAGCUGGCUCGGCAGACUGUGAGUCUGUCUUCCACCUUGCAGCAGGACUGGAGGUCCCUGCAACUGGACUAUGUAACGUGGACAGCUUUGCUGAGUCGGUCUCGACAGCUCACAGAGAAACUCACAGCCAAGAGCCGGCAGGCCCUGCAGGAACGUGAUGCUGCCGUUGAAGAAAAGCAGCAGGUUUCCAGGGAGAUGGAACAAGUCUCUGCCCAGUUAGAGAACUGCAAGAGCCAAAUAGGACAACUGGAGUUGGAAAACAGUCGCCUAGCAACAGAUCUCCGGGCCCAGCUGCAGAUUCUGGCCAGCAUGGACAGCCAGCUGAAAGAGCUCCAGAGUCAGCAUGCUCAUUGUGCCCAGGACCUGGCCAUGAAGAACGAGCUGCUCUGCCGGCUUACCCAGAACAAUGAAGAGCAGGCUGCUCAGUGGCACAAGGAAGAGGUGGCACUCAGGCACACACAGGCGGAACUGCAGCAGCAGCAGGCUGUCCUGGCCAAGGAGGUGCAGGACCUGAAGGAGACCCUGGAGUUUGCAGACCAAGAGAACCAGGUUGCUCACCUGGAGCUGGGCCAAGUUGAGUGUCAGUUGAAAAGCACACUGGAAGUGCUCCGGGAGCGCAGCCUGCAGUGCGAGAACCUCAAGGACACUGUGGAGAACCUAAAGGCUCAGUUGGCCAGCACCAUAGCGGAGAACCAGGAACAAGACCUGGAGAAGACACGCCAGCAUUCCCAAGAACUCAGGGUGCUGACUGAACAACUGCAGAGCUUGAUCCUCUUCCUACGGACAAAACUGAAGGAGAAGGCUGAACCAGAGACCCUUCUGCGGAACACAGCUUCUACACCCGCCCAGAAACAGCCUCUGCCCAAUGACAGCAUCCCCUUGGAAAGCAUCUUGACAAUAGUGACAGACGAAGAGCCAGAAUCAACUCCUGUGCCCUUGCUUGGAAGUGACAAGAGUGCUUUCACCCGAGUAGCUUCCCUUCAGCCUACAGAGACCCUGGGCAUGGAGAAGAGACUUGCAGAAAUGAGUUCGAUGGCUCUUGAGCUGCAGAGCUUGUGUUCUCUGCUGCAGGAGUCUAAAGAAGACGCCAUCAGGACUCUCCAGAGAAAAAUUUGUGAGCUGCAAGCUAGGCUGCAGGCCCAGGAAGAAAAGCAUGAGGAAGCCCAGAAGGCCAAGGAGGCAGACAUAGAGAAGCUGAACCAGGCCUUGUGCUUGCGCUACAAGAAUGAAAAGGAGCUCCAGGAAGUGAUACAGCAACAGAAUGAGAAGAUCCUAGAGCAGAUAGACAAGAGUGGCGAGCUCAUAAGCCUUCGAGAGGAGGUGACCCAGCUCACCCGCUCACUUCGGCGAGCGGAAACAGAGACUAAAGUGCUGCAGGAGACUCUUGCAGGCCAGCUGGACCCCAGCUGUCAGCCCAUGGCCACUAACUGGAUCCAAGAGAAAGUGUGGCUCUCCCAGGAGGUGGACAAGCUGAGGGUGAUGUUCCUUGAGAUGAAAAAUGAGAAGGCAAAGCUCAUGGUCAAGUUCCAGAGCCAUAGAAACAUCCUGGAGGAGAACCUUCGGCGCUCUGACAAGGAGUUGCAGAAACUAGAUGACAUUGUUCAGCAUAUUUAUAAGACUCUACUGUCCAUCCCAGAGGUGGUGAGAGAUUGCAAGGAGCUGCAGGGAUUGCUGGAAUUUCUGAGCUAAGAAAUGGAAAGCUGGAGUCUGCUUCAUCCCUUUUUACCUGCUUAUCCGGACCAAUGGCACAGGGCCAACUGUGUGUAAUGCUAUUUAAAUAAAGUGUAUUUAAUGUA